CAAAUAUUCCUAGCUGUUUCUCCAAGUGUUUGAAACUUUACUCUUUUCAGUUACAUUUUUCUUUCAGUUUGUCGUCAUAAAUUUUUCCCAGCCUUCGCAAUUUAAUACUAUCUGUUAGUAUAAUUUGAUCCGAGUUCAAUCUGCCGAUAUGAGUUAGGACUUCAAAGGUUAUGUGCAUGCUUUCUCUGUUAGGUUUCUUUGUUUGUCCUUUCUCUUGUUUGGAACUCCUUAAACGAUAAACGAAGGACCGUCGUUUAUGAUUAAUUGAGUGAUGGUGCGGUUUGUGAUCCUGUGUUGUUUCCAUCUUUGCCUGAUUUUAUAGGUAAUGGCAAACGAGUGGCCACGGGAACCCUUGCUCCCGGGGUUACUAAAUCCUCCUAAGCAGCCAAAAAAGGAGAGCAUGGUGAAGAGGAAAAAAUUCUUUCGUAGUAGAAGUGCCCCAUCGGUAGACCGUUCGUUGGUACCUAUGGAUGUAGUUCAUGACAAAUUUCCUGGUCCACAGUUAAGAUCGGGUUAUUUUUGCCCGAGUUUUAAGAAAGUUGCUCUUUUCUUGGUCAUCUACCUUGGCGCAGGUGUUCUUUGCUUUUAUCUUGUGAAGGAUCAACUUUCCGGGAAGAAAACAAAUGGAGUGCUUGAUGCAAUAUACUUCACCAUUGUGACAAUGACCACAGUUGGUUAUGGUGAUCUGGUUCCAAACAGCACUGCUACUAAACUUCUGGCCUGUGCAUUUGUGUUCACAGGCAUGGCGUUAGUCGGUAUGUUGUUGAGCAGAGCUGCUGACUAUCUUGUCGAAAAGCAAGAAGUUCUUCUAUACAAGGCCUUGCAUAUUCGUGAAAAGGAUGGUGAAGCACACAUGAUGCAACACAUCGAAACAAACAAAGCGAAGUAUAAAUUCUAUACCGCGGCAAUGUUUCUCGUGCAAAUGGUCUUAAUUGGCACGGUGUUUCUGUGGAAAGUUGAGAACCUAAAUCUUGUUGAUGCCUUCUACUGUGUUUGCUCUACGAUCACGACACUAGGAUAUGGAGACAAGAGCUUCUCUACUGAAGAAGGUCGAGUUUUUGCGAUUUUUUGGAUCGUGGCUAGUACUAUAUGUAUGGCUCAGUUCUUUCUGUAUCUUGCCGAGAUAUAUUCUGAGCAGCGCCAGAGAAGGCUAGCAAAAUGGGUCCUAACCAGGAGAAUGACAUAUGUGGAUCUUGAAGCAGCAGAUUUAGAUGAAGAUGGAGCUGUGGGUGCGGCGGAGUUCAUAAUUUAUAAGCUGAAGGAGAUGGGGAAGAUCAGCGAGCAGGAUAUCGCAAUCGUGAUGGAGGAAUUUGAGGAUCUAGACGUCGACCACUCGGGUAAAUUAACAACAAGUGAUCUUGAUGUUGCACAAUGUGAUCGAUAGAGAAGCUCAUCGAGUAACACCACAAUGAUGGCCAUGUUGCCUCUUUGAAUUUUGUUUGAUAUAAUAUAUGGCUUCACAAAUGAUGCAGAGAUCUAGUUAAUCAAUUUGGCUUUGAGCUCAUGUGGAAAUGGCAUCCUUGUGGGUUGAAUAAUCUUAACUUGUUUGACUAAA